AUGAAUCUGUCUGUUCUCGUCUUGUUUUUGGUCUUUCCGCUUGUGAAUGGCCAUUUCGACAAUUCCACGUGUGGAAAACAGAAAAAAUGCAUCUUUGUACCGCCUGGUUGUGAGAAUCGAAAUGAUUGUAGACAGUUGUUCUCCUACAGUGCGAGUGAAGACGGUUGGGUUGAUAUGGAAAUGUUCAGCACGAAUGAUGUCCACUCCAACAACUAUGUUGCCGUUGGAUUUUCCGAAGAUGAUCAUAUGGGAGAUGAUCCUGUAACGGGUUGUGUGUUUCCCGAUGGAGGAGAACCAACUGUUCAUUUCUCCUACAACGUUGGCAAGAGUAAUUCUCCUCCAGAAAGCAACGACGAUAAGGCUGCAGAAGAGAAAAACCUGAAGCUUGUACAUGCUCACAAGGGAGAAGAUGGAAUGUACUGUCAUUUUAGGCAGAAGAGUACGACAGGAGAGAACAAGUUCGCACCUGACUUGAACAAGAAAUACGUGAUAUUUUUGGCGAGAGGCAAGGCCGAUAAUCCACGAUCUCUGGGGAUCCACGGCUUAGAGUUCAACUCACCUGACUAUCCAUAUAUCUCUGAGAAGAUGAUAAAUGUAGCUGAGGUGAGAAAGAGGGACGUACAAGCAGAAGGCCAUAUACGCUUUCAUGAAUCUCUAAAAAAAGUUGUCGUCCACGAUUUCUUUGCUGUUCUAGGAGACCCAAAACUUCCCACGAAUGCGAGCGAUCCUGCCCUUCAACCGAAAAAGGCUGAGGAUGCGGCGCCUGUUUCGUCAAUGAGUCGAGAGACUAAAUUCUGGCUAAUUAGAGUCCACGGUAUGUUAAUGAUCUUCGCAUGGUUGGUGCUUGUUGUCUCCGCCAUACUCUCGGCACGUUAUCUUCGCGAUCACUUUCCUUCCUCAUCGCCGUGCGGGUUGAAGUGGUGGUUCCAUAUUCACCGGACACUUAACAUUGUUGCCCUCCCGUUCAUUCUUCUUUCAACGCUUUUAAUUUUUAUUGCAAAGGAAUGGACGUGGGAGGGACCAUCGGUGAACAACUCGGCAAGUGCUAACUUCAGUCCUGGAAGUGUACAUUCGUUGCUCGGAACGAUAGCGAUUUUGGUAGCAAUUAUACAGCCUCUACUGGCACUAAUGCGAUGCCAACCUGAUACCGGCGCUCGACCAAUUUUCAACUGGACUCAUCGCUCACUAGGAGUUUUAGGAAUUGUUUUUGCAGUCGUAGCAAUCAUGAUCGCCGCGAAUUCAUUUGUAUCGUUGUGGUCUGAUGCAUCAUGGGGCUUCUUGGUGAUGAUCUUCUACGUUCUCGUAGCCGUCCUUAGCAUCGCGCUUUUUGAGGUACUUUCCUACUUGAAAUCGAAAGCACCCAGUAAAACAGCUGCAAUGGAAAUGCGAAAUCGUACAUCGCAUCGUUACGAUGACGCGGGGAAAGUUGUCAGCAGCCCACCAAGAAUUGUCAAUAAAAAGCCGUUAUAUGGAGUUGCCGCCCUCUACCUCGUUUUCUUGCUAUUUUCUCUUUGUGUUGCUGCCCUACUCAUUGUAAUGUUAUCUGUUUGA